AUGAGGAACUUCAAGGGACUAACGGUUCUGGCCACCAUGGUCGCAGCCCUUUCAAACCAGAAAAGGACAGAAGCAUGGGUGGUUCCGAACCGUCAUGAUGGAAACGGAGAUCAAUCAUUCAAUGCCCAAUCCUUGGUUGAAACCCAAUGGGGAUCAACUUAUACGCAUGUAAACGGGGUGAUGAGUACUGACGGUUCUAUGGUUUAUAUAUUUGAAACUCUAGCGGGCGAGGAAAAGGCUUUUGAAGUUGAGCUUGGAUCCCAAAACAAAUGCGCUGCUUUGGGCACUGUUGUGGACAUCGAGAAGUCGGUGGUGACUGACAAGUAUUCCAACGUUUCCAGCGCAGAUAUGUGCCAGGAGCUGUGCACUCAGACAAGGACAUGCGUCGCUGCAGCUUUCGAUCAGGAAAACUCAACAUGCAGUAUGCUGAGUCGCGUUCAAGGGCUCACGAAAGGCUUGUCGACACUGGUUGUGCCGUCUUGCAACUCAGACUGCUUUCAGACUGGCUGGAGGAUUAAGGGGGAGGGGAACCUGCUGGGAACUACCCCGAAUGCGCAUAUCUGCCAGGCAAUGUGUGAGGGAACCCCGGAUUGCGAAGCCUUCACAUGGUGGAAUUCAAAUAAUCAAUGUUUCUCUUACACGCAUUUUGAUAUUACGCAUGGCGGGCGUGACGCCCUCAGCGGGCUCAGGGAUAGCUGCUCGAGGACCAUCAAAGCAGCUGAUUAUGCAGGAUCUUGCACGCAAGUAGAUCUUACCGGCAGAGGGUACAAUUUUCAAGUUCAGAGCCACAUUCCCACUCUAGAUGCCUGCAAAAUUUCCUGUCUUACUAACCGCAGAUGCAAUUAUUUUACCUACAAUCAGAAUGAUAAAAAGUGCUACCUCAAAGAAGAAAACGGAACAAUUGCUAGUGGGAAGCGCGGUGACUUGACUGGGCCGAAGUUAUGUGACACGGGCUGCUUCCUAAAGGACAUUGAAUACCGAGUGGAUAGAGUUGCCACAACGAGUGCAGCCACCGUUGCUGAUUGUCACUACGAAUGCACAAUGCAUUCGAAGUGCGUCAGGUGGACCUAUCAAACGAGUAAUAAAGGAUGCUAUCUCUUUGGGGAGAUGAAAACUGCUGUGGGUCAACGUGCGACAGGCUUUUGGAGUGGUUUCAAGGCUGGCUGUGGAACCGACCCGCUCUACCUCUUGGAUGCUCCAAGUUGUUCACGAAUGGCAGUCAAAUACAACACAGUGCCGAAUAAAAUCGUUGUCGCAAGCAGUCCCUCUGCAUGCCAACUUGUAUGCCGUAACGAUAGAAAUUGUAGUACGUUUGUAUUCAAUACGGCGGUGGCGAAGGGUUGCCAGAUAUACUACGCGACCGUUGAUUCCCAAAAAAGGAGCCACCCAUUUUUCUUAGCAGGACCACCAAAAUGUUAA